AUGUCCGUCGUUGAGAUCUCCUCCAAGGAGCAGUUCACCUCGCUCCUUUCUUCCUCUCGCCUUGUUGUUGCAGACUUCUAUGCCGACUGGUGCGGACCAUGCAAAGCUAUUGCGCCUGCUUAUAAUUCGCUGGCCACCCAGCUCUCCCGCCCCAAUGCCAUCACAUUCACCAAGAUCAAUGUCGACCACCAACAAGAGCUCGCCCAGGCCUACGGUGUCACCGCAAUGCCGACCUUCAUCGUUUUCAAGAACGGCCGUGUGAACCAAACCGUCAAGGGCGCCAACCCCGCACAGCUGAACCAGAUCGUUCAGAAGCUUGCAUCGGAAGCAAGCCAGUCCGAUGAAGCAACCGGCGCCGGCGAGGGAAGCUCUGGCGACCUUUGGAUUGGUGGGCCAGUGGCCAAGGGCUACAGCGACAUUACAGACCAGGUUGAUGCGAAGGGACUCGAAUUGCUGAACCGCGACACCGAGCACGGCGAGCCGCGCACGUUAUUCAACAGCUCGAAACCCGCCGGACUAGCGACAAAGGGAAAGGGCAAGGCCAACGGCCAAUCGGACUGGGUUGAGAGUGAUACCGAUGAGCAGCUGAUGCUGUACAUCCCAUUCCAGUCGACGCUGAAGGUCCACUCGAUCCAGGUUACAUCUAUUCCUCCAGCCGAUGCGGAUGCCGACGACGAAGCUCCCAUGCGACCUAAGAGCUUGCAUAUCUACAAGAAUGCAUCCCACGUGCUUGGAUUCGACGAGGCGGACGGAAUUCCUCCCGUGCAGAAGGUGGAGAUCCAGCCUGGAGAUUGGGAUGAGAAGACCGGAACCGCAACGGUUGGCUUGCGAUUUGUUAACUUCCAGAACGUGACAUCGCUGGUCCUCUUCUUUGUAGACGGCGAUGGAGACAGCGAGAAGCUGCGCGUGGAUCGAAUUCGCAUUAUUGGCGAGGCUGGCGCGAACAGAUCCAUGGGCAAGCUCGAGAAGAUCGGCGAUGAGCCUGGCGAGUAA